AUGGCGAACCUGGGAUUCUUCAAGGAGGUGAUGGCGGAGGCUGUAGACAGGGCGAAGGGCGCCGUGGUGGAGAAGACGCAGGCGGCUGUGGGGAAGGCGAGGGAGAUGGUGGGACUGGUGGAUGCCUCGGCGGAACCCUCGGCGCCUCCCCCGGAACCCUCCAUUCUGGACGAACUGAACCAGUACUGCUCAUUGACGCUGAAACAGGUGCGUUCCUUCUCUCCUGUUGGUUGUCUGGUAGGAAGGCGGGGAAGGGGGGAAGAACGCCAGCGGAAAGGCAGGGGGGAAGGCCGCGGGGAAGGCUGUGGGGAAGGCGAGGGAGAUGGUGGGACUGGUGGAUUCCUCGGCGGAACCCUCGGCGCCUCCCCCGGAGCCGUCUAUUCUGGACGAGCUGAACCAGUACUGCUCGCUCACGCUGAAGCAGUUCAGUCUCUCCCGGAGCCGUCGAUUCUGGACGAGUUGAACCAGCGCUGCUCGCUCACGCAGAAGCAGUCCAUUCUUGUGUUCCCAUCGCCCAUCAAGCUUAGUCUCUCCUUCUCCUCCACACCUUCCCUCCCCACUGAUCCCAACGCCAGUCCAUUCUUGUGUUCCCAUCGCCCAUCAAAUUCGCUCUCACCUACUCGAUCGGCAACCUCAUGGCCAUUGGCAGGUGAGAGGGUGAGCACCAGUUGCCUGAUAGGCUUCACUCGGCAGAUCGAGUUGAUUUUUGAACCCAUCCUUUUCCUGUGCUCCGCCUCUAUCCCCACUGCCGUUACCCCGUCCUCCCCCACUCCCACUGCUGGCAACAGCACAGGGUUCCUGAUAGGCUUCACCCAUCCGCUUUUGAGCACAGGGUUUCUGAUAGGCUUCACCCGGCAGCUCAAGAUGAUGUUUGACCCGAUCCGAAUCGGUGCCGCCAUUGUAUUUGUCCUCUCACUCGUUCUCACACUCGUUGCUGCUCUUUAUGUUCAAGACGCCCUUCUCACUCUUCUCUGCAUCGUCGUGCAAGCGUGUUCCCUCAUAUGGUACUCGCUAAGCUACAUCCCCUUUGCGCAAUUAUCUUCUAAGCCACGCUCCCUGUCCCCCCCACCCCCCUCUCCUCUUUCUCUCUCGUUCUCCAUCCCUACUUCUCCCUGA